AUGACAUCCUCAGGAAGUGUAAUCUCUAAAGUCAGCGACACUGUUUUCAGUAAACAAGCUAUUAGAUAUGUUUGCAGUACUCAUUUUUGGGGACCAGUUUCAAACUUUGGUAUUCCCAUUGCUGCUAUAAUGGACUUGAAAAAGGAUCCUGAAUAUAUCUCUGGUCCAAUGACUGGUGCUUUGGUUGUUUAUUCUUGUGUUUUUAUGAAAUAUGCUGUUUCAAUUACUCCAUGGAAUCCUUUAUUACUAGGUUGUCAUAUUGUUAAUGAAUGUGCUCAAUUAACUCAAGGUUACAGAUUUCUAAAUCAUUUUUACUUUGGUGGUAAAGAAAAAGCUCUUUUAAACAAAAAAGAUUAA